GAGUUUGACGCUUGAAAAGCAUGGGCGUUGUCUGGAGUUGUUGAGGGUCAGUGGCGAACGUUAUUGUUUUUGUUAAUUCGUGGGAGGAUCAGGAUCGUCAGGAUUCGGCGUUUUUUGCCUAUUUUGCUCAGGACAACGGGACAGUAGUGGGCUUGAGCUACUGUCCGUGACAAGGAGUAGAAAAAUGGGGUGGAGAACGGCGCAGGUUUUGCUGUUCGCAGGAUUCGUCCUGUCGUUUGUUGCCUUGAGUGUGCAGGACCAAAACGCAUGCCAAAUCCCACUUGUUAUUCGAGGUGCUUGGUUCUCCUGGGAAAAUGGUCAAAAUACGCUGACUGAGAUUAAUUCUGACUCAAUGUCCAAGAGAGGAUAUUGUGUGGACAUGAAAGAGGAAUAUCAUGUGAAUUAUACAUUUGUUUUUAAAAGAGAUAUUUGCUACCACUGUGUCAAACUUCUGGUUCGUACAGUGAAUAUUUUAGAGAAACUUGAGAUGAGUUGCGUGAAUCUUCCAUCUGGAAUGGAACCUACAGUUGAAAAUGUUUGCCAAGGUCUACGUGCAGACCAGCAACUGAUCACUUUAUUCUCUGAAAACUAUGUGCCUGUUAAUUGCAGAUCUUCCCUUGAAGGAGUUUGGCAAUUUGCUUACCAGAAUCGAUUCAGGUUCACUGGAGAGUGUAAUCAUCCAGAUGCUCAAAUUCGUUCAUGUCAGACAGCAGGAACUCAGUUCUUCAUAACAAAUCAAAAGUUUAAUAUUACCUACAAGCAGUGUACUGGUAUGAAAGGAACAUUCGAUGGAGUGGUGGAAUACAGUUGUUUGGGCGACUGGUUUGUUGACAAAAACCACUUCUUUGCCGUGGCAAACACAAAGGAAUCUCGAAAAGACGAAAAGUAUCGUUGCUUUUUGAAAAAUCGAGACGACGACUUGUACAUUGGUGUGUCCAUCACAGCUGAGUGUAAUACUCUAAAAACCGUAGAAAAAAGUCCGGAACGUUUACGCGUUACGCCAGUAAAAGCCGAAGUAGUAGAGCCGGGGUGUCGGCUGCCACAAAACAUGACAGGAAAUUGGAUUAAUACGGCUAACAUAGAUGCUGAUGUGUUUAUCAAUGAAACUCACAUCAUUGAAACUUGGUACCCAGAUGUAGGAAGAUACAGAAAAACUAUUUAUACCUGUCGCGAGCAGAGAGAUUCGAGAUACAUGAUGGCAAGAUUGACUGUUGAUGGAUGUCAAAAGGAUUAUGUUUGCUUUGACUUUAUACCUCAGCAUCACAAUAUAAUUAGGUAUAGACGUGGUUUGGCUGUCAUCAAAGACAAUUUCCACACUGUGUGUUCAUGGGUUCAGUUCCAAAACAAAGUUGAAUGGAAGUAUGAUCUAUUCUUAGCAAAAGAACCUGUACCUGUUAGGUGCCCAGUAGCUGGAAAAUUCAUGUUCCAACAGAAAGGAGACGUUCUGUUUGAGACAAGAAUUAUCGGAGGUGUAACCGAUACGCCUCGACCAAAUAUUUACUGCAAACAGAAUAUUUCUGAUUUUUCAGUAUGUGAUAUUGAUCAGAAAGAAAUCGCUAUUGACGAAACUUACUGCCUGUCCGUCGAUCAUUUGGGUCGUCCAGUUGAUAUUUACAGUUGGCCCGAUUAUAAAAUGAAGUGCAUUGGCUACUACAAGGAGAAUUUAAAGUCGUACUUGAUUACGUUUGAUGAACUUGACCCCUACAGCAAGUACCAUUGUUGGGUAUAUCAAAGAGCAGAUUUGAAUAGAGUACUUAUGUCACAGGCUAUUGGUGCCUUCUGUGAUGUCAAACAAGAUGUCACUAGUUGGAAUUAUACUGAGGGUGCUGCAGUUGCCCUAGACUUAGUGGAAUACGAGAGAGAACGAGAUCAGUGUCCAAUGCACUUUGACGACGGUAGCAAUCCUUGGGUAAAAAGUGAGAGUUACAUUCAAGUCUUUCACUAUGGCAAUUAUGGAUCAGGAGCUAGUACUAUCGGCAGUCAUUUAGUCACGGCCGUUAGCGCUAUUUGCUUUUACUCAUUCCAUGUGCUAUAAUCACCGAUUCUCUAACAGAAUUGAUGCAUGCCGUCCAUAACGAUAAAAAAUCGUCAUAUUUUGCUAUUGCUUGCACGAAUAAUCGAGCAGUAAACUAAAAUAUUUGUUAUGAUUAUUGCGGUACACGCUAAAUUUUUGACAAGUAUUUUCCGUCCAAUCUACAUUCCGCCCAAUUAAGGAAAUGUGAGAUCAGAUUUAAACUUAAGAUGAUUAGUAGCACAUAGUUUUGUAAUUUAUUACAAAAGAUUAUCGCUUGAAUUUGUUACUUUUUAACGAAAAUUUAGAAGGUUUUAGAAAAUACUGUUAGAAUAGAAUUACUAUCAACAGUGUAAAUACUUGAUGAAAAUAAGUCAGGUGUUACUACCUAAUUAAGUAUUGUAGCAAUGAAGCGAUGAACAAACGUUAAAAAACAAUUUAUUGUAUAUUUACGCGAAAAAACACAGUAUGUGUGUUAAAUGAUCAAACUUGACUUAUGAUAGUGUCUUAAUGUACAGAUUUGUAUUUUUUUAAAUAUGUUUACAUCUUAUCUACAUUACAUUAUAAUGAUCUGAAGAAAUAAAUCAAUUUUAUUAUA